AUGCCCAAGCAGGGCCAUGCCUGCUCCUUGGAGUUGGGAGCCACCUGGGAACAGAAGGAUGAAAUUCUGCUGACUCCCCGCAGGGAAUCUCCUGUUGAGGACACGGACCCCUUUUCCUCCCCGAAUGAAGAGACGUGGGACUUUGUCCUGGUGAGUGACAUCCACGAAAUGGGCAGUGAGAAGGAGAACAAGAGGAAGAAGUUCCUGGAGGAGCUGAGCAAGAAGGGCUUUGCCAUCAAGAAAAUUGAGGACACAAAGCUCUUCUAUGGAGUCCGUGCCCCACAGCACAUCUUCUGGAAAUACCAGUGUUUCCUGACGAACUCCAACAUCAGGCAGCAAAACUCCAGUGCCAACCAGGACAUCCCAGUGACCACCAGGAUACGGGUCGUGCACUUCAUCCUGCGGAAUACUGUGACGUCCGACUUAGAGAAGCUUUCUGACCUGAUGGAGAAGAAGGUGUUUGAGGCAGCCUUUCCCUUGCAUAAGAAUGAAGAGAUAAGGCAGAUACUAAAGAAGAAGUGGGCUCGUUGGAGAGUUAUGUUUAAGGAACAGCCAAUUGAGGAGAUCAGGUGCUAUUUUGGAGAGAAGGUGGCCCUGUACUUUGCUUGGCUGGGCUGGUACACCUACCUGCUGAUUUUCGCUGCCCUGGCUGGGCUGGCAACUGUCGCAGCUGGGGCUACUGUUUUCAGUUCCAGCCAGGUGAGCAAGGAGAUCUGUGAUGCCAACACCACCAUCAUGUGCCCUCUGUGUGACCAGAAUUGCUCAUUCUGGGUCCUCUCUGACACCUGCACCUAUGCCAAGAUCACUCACAUGAUUGAUAAUGAGGCCACGGUGGUGUUUGCCAUGUUCAUGGCCAUCUGGGCCACUGUAUUCCUGGAGCUGUGGAAGAGGCAGAGAGCCACUGUGGCCACCAACUGGGACGUGUACGGGUGGGAUGAGGAAGAGGAGGAGCUGGCUCUGCACCUGAUCAAUAAUUCACAGCAUGAACCCCAGCCAUACCAGCACUCCUACUGGCGCAGCACCAUCGUCCUCAUCUUGGCUCUGCUGAUGAUCUUGGUGCUGAUCGGCAUCGCCCACGCGCUCGUCAUUUACCGGGCGGUGGCCAUGGCCCUGUUCACACAGAGCGAAGUGAGCCUGCUGAGCAAGCACGCCGACACCAUCGCCGUGAUGACGGGGGCCGUGCUGCACUACCUCACCAUCAUCAUCAUGACCAAGGUCAACUGGCAAGUGGCCCUCUUCCUCUGCAAACUGGAGAAACCACGGACCCCCUCCCAGGCAGAGAACAACUUUACCGUGAAGAUUGUCAUCUUCCAGUUCUUCACAAACUUCUCCUCGCUCAUCUACAUCGCCUUCUUCUUGGGACGGAUCAAUGGCCAUCCAGGGCACUACGUGCGCAUCGCUGGCCACUGGAGGCUGGAGGAGUGCCACCCCAGCGGCUGCAUCACCGACCUCUUCAUCCAGAUGGCUGUCAUCAUGGUGCUCAAGCAGACCAUCAGCAACAUCAUGGAGUAUCUUGUCCCCUGGAUAUCCCACCAGCUACGGAAGAAGCAAAAGUCCCCCAAGAAGAGAAGCAUGAUGUUAGGAGAGGAGGAGGAGGCAGAGGACCCCUGCAAAAGGCAGUGGCUGCAUAACUAUGAACUCAACGAGGUCAAUGUCUUCAGCUUGUUCAACGAGUACUUGGAGAUAGUGAUCCAGUACAGCUUCACCACCAUCUUCGUGGCAGCCUUUCCCCUGGCCCCGCUGCUGGCCCUCAUCAACAACGUCAUCGAGAUCCACAUGGACGCCAUCAAGAUGAUGCGGCUGCGCCGGCGCAUGGUGCCCAGGAAGGCCAAGGACAUUGGGAUCUGGCUGCAGGUCCUAGAGGCCAUCGGCAUCCUGGCUGUCAUCGGGAACGGGCUGGUGAUCGCCAUCACCUCUGACUUCAUCCCUGUGCAAGUCUACAAGUACAUGUACAGCCCCUGCGCGAGGGAGAACCACACCAGCAUGGACUGCUCCACUGGGUACAUCAACAACAGCCUCUCCGUAUUCCACAUCCGGGACUUCGAGCCCCACACCAAGGUGCUGCCAGAAUUUAAUGGGAUCCAGCUCAAGAACUGCAGGUACCGGGAUUACCGGAAUGCUGACGACUACACCUACACCGUCCAAUUCUGGCACAUCUUCGCAGCCCGGCUCGCCUUCCUCAUCCUCUUCGAGCACGUGGCUCUGUGCGUGAAGGCGAUCGCAGCCUGGUACAUUCCUGAUGUCCCCCAGAAAGUCAAGAAUCUAAUUCUAAAGGAAAAACACAGCAAUCUCCAAAACGAACUGAGCAUGACGGAAUACUCCACCGAGGUGUAA